AAGAUAUUGUGUGAAUACGAAUCAUCGCAUAUGGUGUUGUUAUUUUAUCUUUCGCUGAUGACCUACUCAUAACAUUGCGAAAUCUUUAUUUCCUAUUUAUUACACUUUUGUACUUGGUAACCAACGAAAGAUAUACUUAGAAGAACAAUAAAAUACGUUAUUGCAAAAUAUGACAUUGCUUGAUACCUCCAUGGUAAAAGCCUUGGUUGCAUGCCUUGCAGUGCUUUCCUUCCCGUGUUGUGAAGCGUUUGUGUUUUCGGACGAUUGCCCUGCUCCGGCACCAUGUUCGUGUUCAGGUUUAGCGGACAACGCCCUAAUAAUGUGCAGCAACAAACAGUUAACGUCCGUGCCAGUAUUUCACUCCUCGAACCUACACACUAAGGACAUUAUUGUGUUUCUAAACAGCAAUAACCUUACAGCAAUACGUAACUACGUGUUCCGCAGUCUGUCCAGUAUGCGUGCAACAUCCAUUCACAUGCAGCUCGACAACAAUGCCAUAUUUUUUAUUGAACAACAUGCCUUUGAUGGCAUUGAAAAUUCACUAACUAUUCUUCAACUACAAAACAACAAAUUAACAUCCGUACCCAGCGCAGUUGGGCGACUUCGGAACCUUGAUUAUCUCGAUGUAACCAACAAUCCCUUGAAAUACUUAGGAAUUUCAUCAAUGUCAGGAAUUGGACUAUCUCUGAAAACUCUGUACAUAGAUAUGACUCCAUUCGCCGUAUGGCCAACCGAGCUUGUGUCCCUUACAAGUUUGCAACACCUUACCAUUUCCAGCAUUCCGUUCGAGAGCAUGAACUCAAGCGAUUUCCGAGGAUUUGAUAACUCCUUGAUAACUCUUGAUAUCAAAGAAGCACCCAGGUUGAGAAAUAUACCCUGCGCUUUGACCAACCUUCCCAGGUUGACGUCGUUUUAUUUGGAACACUCAGGUCGGUUAGGGGCCAAUGGUACAAGCGUUAUUGCCGUCAAUUGCUCGCGACCAAGUCAUUCUAUCACUACUUUUACUUUGGAAAAUAGCAAUUUGACAACUUUUCCCGAUGUACUACACAAUUUUCCAAGAACAACCAGUUUGAACCUGCUCGGUAACUCUCUAGAAUUUAUUGAAAUAGAGAAAAUAUCAUCGGCCAACAGACUAGCAAAAGUUGACCUCGCUUCGAAUAAAUUCAGAAGAAUUCCAUCAGCUUUAAACAAUAUGAUGAAUCUCACAGACCUUGACCUUUCCAAGAAUUUAAUAAUUUCGGUUGAGGAUGUUGACUUAAGUGGUCUGUCCAAACUUCAGACGCUAAGCCUCGCAGAUAACCCAAUUCGUUACAUAUCUACACAUGCUUUUGACAACAACAAACUACUUGCUGAGCUAAAUUUAGCAAAUACGAAUCUGCGGAUGAUACCGGUCUCUGUGACGUCACUUACACAUCUUACUGAUUUUGAUCUUACUGGCGUAACAAUCACAUGCAGUUGUGACAUGGCUUAUUUGAGGAAUUGGAACAUUAAACCCAUUACAUCAUUAGACGGUGUGUGUACGAAUACAAAUGCAGCGCUUAAGAACUUUCUUUCGACGUCACUUCCUUUGUGUCAUUAACUUUCUUAGACAACAGUCUAAAGUGUGAAAUAUGAAAACAAUUCUAUGUCCACUUGCAUGUGAAAUGAAGUACUAUGUAAAUAAAUGUUUAAAAAUGUA